UAUUUCAACAUCAGCAACAGUACGUCAGCCACCUCGAUAGCUUGCUAGACAAAAUAGCCGAACCAAUAAUGCUCUUUGGACUCUUUAGUGUAUAUUAGCCACUGUGUUUUAAACACACUUCUGCCGUCUAGUUAGUUAUCCUAUUUAAUUUCAUAUUUACGGUGUUGUUAUUAUUCAGCUAGUGGGCUGGUUAAGUUAGCAUUAGCCUAGCUAGCUAACAUUUCCGACCAUGAGUUCACUAAGCUACUCUCCUGCUAAAGAAGACGACGAGGAUAUCACAGUAAAACAAGAAGAAGAGGAUGAGGCUGUUACAGUUAAAGAAGAAAAAGAAGCGUUCAGAGUGAAAGAGGAGGAGGAUGUUACAGUAAAAGGAGAGGAGGAUGUUACAGUAAAAGGAGAGGAGGAUGCAGUUUAUGGAGUGAAAGAAGAGGAGUGGGAGAUGACUGUUGCAUCGAAAAAGGAGGAGGAAGAAGAGGAGGAAACUGCAUAUCUGGGCCCGGUUUCCCAAACGCAUCUUAAGGCAUCCAAUGGUUCUAACGGUGAACUUAGCCAUAAGAUGGUUUUGAGAAACCAUUCCCUGAUUAAAACUAGAGAGAGACGGGACUACCGUGGAUCCUCUGGGGAGCCUCAACAACUUCAUGAUGCUGACAAGGCAGAGAAGAGUCUCUCCACAUCAGAACACAUCAAGAAACACCAGCAGAGAUCCACAGGGAAGAAAUCUCACUGCUGCUCUGACUGUGGGAAGAGAUUCACCUCCUCGGCAGGCAUUAAAAUUCAUCAGAGAAUUCACACAGGAGAGAAACCUUUUACCUGUAUUCAAUGUGGGAAGAGUUUUAGUACAUCUGGCCAUCUGACUCUACACCAGAGAACACACACAGGAGAGAAACCUUAUAGUUGUGGUCAAUGUGGGAAGAGUUUUUCUUCAUCUAGCAGUCUGACUCAACACCAGAGAACACACACAGGAGAGAAACCUUAUAGCUGUGGUCAAUGUGGGAAGAGUUUUGGUCAAUCUGGAGAUCUGACAGUGCACCAGAGAAUACAUACAGGACAGAAACCCUAUAGCUGUGAUCAAUGUGGCAAGAGUUUUGUUGGAUCUGGUCUGCUGACAUUACACCAGAGAACACACACAGGAGAGAAACCUUAUAGCUGUAAUCAAUGUGGGAAGAGUUUUAACACAUCUAGCCAUCUUAUUGUACACCAAAGAACACACACAGGAGAGAAACCUUACAGCUGUGAUCAAUGUGGGAAGAGUUUUACUCAGCUAAGCAAUCUGAUAUCACACCAGAGAACACACACGGGAGAUAAAUCUUAUAGCUGUGAUCAAUGUGGGAAGAGUUUUACUCAGCCAAGCAACCUGACACGACACCAGAGAAUACACACGGGAGAGAAACCGUUUAGCUGUGAUCAAUGUGGGAAGUUUUUUUUAACAUCUAGCCAUCUGAAGAUACACCAGAGAACACACACGGGAGAGAAACCGUAUACCUGUGAUCAAUGUGGGAAGAGUUUUACUACAUCUGGCCAGCUGACUAUACACCAGAGAACACACACAGGAGAUAAACGUUAUAGCUGUGACCAGAGAUAAUCUGAUUAAAGAUCUCUCAUCAAACAUAAAAAAAUACAUGGAGUUGUUUCAUGAUAUCAAUGAAUUAAUGUCACAAUAUAGAAUGUUUUAACAUUGUAGUAGCAGUAUUUGAAUGAAUGUCAGAAUGUAGAACCCUAAACGUUUGCCCCCUGUUCAAUUGAUUUUAGCCUCAGGGGGAAAAUCCAGGCUCUGAAUUGAAAGAGUAUUAUUUAUGUGAUUUAACAAAAAGUGACUAACACAAAAAGAGCUGUGUUACACUUACCACGUUGGUGACCCACUUGAAUCAAAAUGCACCACUUCAAAUGUAGCUAGCUGUUUUCUACAAAUUGUCCUCUAACCAGUGAUGUACACAUUCUCAUAUUCCGUGUGGUUUUUGAGCUGUUAGUUUUAACAGGACGUGCAACCUCAUCUCCCUCCUCUCGGCACAAUUGAUUUUAGCAUGAUAUCGAUGAGUGAUGACAAAUAAGUGUUGCGUUCCUUUGUUUAGCGACCCCUACAUUUAAAUGCAUCACUCCAAUGUAGCUGACUGUCUUCUGCAGGUUGUUCUCUAACCAGUGAGGUAAAAGAUAUCUCUCAUUUCCAUGUGUUUUUUUAGUUGUGUUAGUUUCAACAGCACAUACAACCUGAUUUCCCUCCUAAUCGAUAUCAGUGAUUUAUUGCUACUUGUCAAAACAACAGUGUUUUUGGUGCUUGUGAAAUUUAUACGGUGCUUGUUUAAAAAAAAUACAAUAUGAUUAUUGUGGCAGAUGUUUGUGUAUAUAGCCCAUUUUAUGUUUAGGUUUUGAAUUUAUCUGAAACUGUUUCUGCAUAUUGGUUAUUGAUUUGGAUACAUUAAAACUGUGUUUUGACAUUGAUUGAAAAGCCUUUGAAAAUAAGACUAUGCAACCAAAUAUUUCAUAUUUACAUUUCAUGUAACAUUUAGUAAUCAUAAUUAUAUAUGUAACCAACUGACAAUUUUUUGGUACAAUUAUAUUGACAUUGUUGCCCUGCUUUUAGAAUAUCAGGGUUCAUUCUCAGAUGUGCCAAACCAAAAGUACUAGAGCAUGACAUUGGGGACUGGGUCCUGAUCCAACAACAUGCCUAUCUAGUGAACCCUGAAAAGAGAGAAGCUUCACAGUGAGGUGGAAGUUACUAUGGAUAUUGCAGGAGUUUCCUCUUGAAAUCAGACACGUCUGUGGUAAGGACAACUUGGUUGCUGAUUGUCUCAAGGAUGGGCAGUCAAAAAGAUUUGUGUUUUGCGUUUAGCCUUUGCAUUGCCAUGGACAACAAUUUAUUUUGAUUGCACGUUUUUCCGUUUUGAAGAUGAGUUUUGUUUGGGCUCUUUCCAAGGGGACGAUAGUUCUAGAAGCUAGUGAGUUUUUCAACAAACAUAUUUUUAUUUAGAAAUGUGUUUUUCAUGUUUUUGUUGACAGCCAGUAGACACCAUGUUUAUAUUGUAGAAAGUAGAAUUGUGGUUGAUUAUAAUGUGAAAUGGAAAUUGUUUUCUGUUGGUGGUGAGCAAACUUGUCCAACAAAAAUAUAGGAUAUAUUUGUUGUCUAAAGGGGGAAGGUGUUACAGGCUUUGGUUUUUCCAUUUAUGUUUUGAGGUUGGACGUCAGCGCUUAUAGCUCGUUAGCGCAUAUAGCGCGUAUAGCUCGUUAGCAUGUAGGGCGCACUGAUUGGUGUCACCUCGUUUGUCAGUGUGUGUUACACCUGUGCUGGCUUGUCCAGCUCGUAAGUCGGAAGGUGUUUCACCUGAGCUGGUCCAGGUUUUAUUUAAGAGUGUCUGGCCCAGUGCUCCAGUUGUCCUGAUCGAUGUGGAGAGUCAACACCUUUAGUUAACUCUACCUUUUUGGUUUGCUUCUUGUCUUUAAGUUUGUUUGCUUCUUGGGAAGAUUUAGUGGGUCUCUAGGUGGGUGUCUUUUAGGUCCCAGUUGUUGUUACUAGUCAACUUUCAGUGGACACCCCCAUAGUGUCUUUCAGAACAUUUCUGGUUUUCCUGCUGGGGAACUUAACAAACACUGGAGUAAAACAAGCUUCUAUUUUGGGUUGGAUGUUGCAUCCAAUUGUCUUUUUUUUUAAUCAAUGGCACUUCCUUAGAAUGCUCAUUAGUCUUUCAGUUAUUGUUUUUUUAUCCUCUUUGUGUACUAAAUAUUUCUUUUUUUUUCCUGUGAAACCAUUGUGUUGCAUCCAUGUCUGAAACGUGCUGUAUAAAUAAAGCUUGAUUGGAUUUGAA